GGGAAGUGUAGGCGGAAGAGGGCGCUGAGAGCGGCGGGAGGGAGUUUUGAGGGGUCCCCGGGAUGGAGCCCCCCCCUCAGCCCAGUGCCAUGGAUGCCCUGCACGAGGCCGGGAUCCACGCCGCCGUGGCCCUGCAGGCUGGGCCCCCCUGGCUGGAGCAGAUCUGGCUCUUCCUGAGCUCCCAGCUGGAUCCCAACUCCAUCUACACCGUCUGCUUCCCGCUGGCCCGCGGCCUGGACGAGCACGUGUCCCUCAUGGUCCUCUGGAUCGCCCUGGUGGCCGAGUGGCUCAACGUGGUGCUCAAGUGGUUCCUGUUCGGGGAGCGCCCGUACUGGUGGAUCCACGAGUCGGGGCUGUCCGAGCGGGAGCAGCUCCCGCUGCGCCAGUUCCCGAUCACCUGCGAGACCGGACCAGGGAGCCCCUCGGGCCACUGCAUGAUCCUGGGGGCGGCCCUGUGGCCGAUUGUCACCGCCCUGAGCAAGGCGCUGUCCAGGUACACCCGGAGCCGGCUGCUGAGGCUGAUCCCGUUCCUGCUCUACAUCCUGCUGCUGGUGGCCAUGGGGCUCUCCCGGGUCUUCGUCCUGGCCCACUUCCCCCAUCAGGUGAUCACCGGCUCCCUGGCAGGGAUGGCUCUGGGCUGGGGGCUGCAGCGCCGGCCCCCCAAUUUCCUCAAGGUCCGCUUCUUCCUGCUGACGGCGCUGGGGCUGCUCCUGAGCGCGCUGGCCCUGCACGGGCUGGCCACGGCCGCGGGCCUGGACCUGGACUGGUCCCUCCGCCGGGCCAGCUCCCGGUGCUCUGAUCCAACCUGGCUGCGACCGGAGACGCGACCCUGGGCCUCGCUGUGCCGGGUGAGCGGCAGCGCCCUGGGGCUGGCCCUGGCCGCCAGGCACCCCCCGAGCCGCCGGGCCGCCGAGGAGCCGCCGGGGCUGGAGCCGCCCCUGGGCAGCGCCACGCUGGGGCUGCUGGCCCUGGACGUGCUGCACAAGCUGCCCAAGAGCGACGGCACGGCCCUGUGGUACCUGAACGUGGGUGCCCGCUACGCCCUGGGGCCCGUGCUGGUGGGCUCCCUCCUGCCCCAGCUCAUCCUCACCCUCCGGAGGCUCCGGGCAACCCCCUAGACCCCCCCCCAGAAUGGUGGGGAGUGAGGGGGAUCUGCUGUCGGUUCGUCUCCACCUGUGCAGGGACCCCCAAAUUGAGUAGGGGGUGUCUGCUCUGUUGCCAGUUCAUUCUCACACUCCUUUUGUCACAGGGACCCACAAACUGAGUAAGGGGUCCCUGCUCCUGUCCUGGUUCAUCCUCACCCUCCCUUUCCCCAGGACCCCCAAAUUGAGUGGGGGUUUCUGCUCUAUUCCCAGUUCAUCCUCACCCUCCCUUUCCCCAGGGACCCCCAAAUUAAGUGGGGGGGUUUCUGCUCUGUUUCCAGUUCACUCUCAGCCUCCCUUUCCCCAGGACCCCCAAAUUGAGUGGGGUGGGGGAUUUCUGCUCUAUUCCCAGUUCAUCUUCACCCUCCCUUUCCCAGGGACCCCCAAAUUGAGUGGGGGGUUUCUGCUCUAUUCCCAGUUCACUCUCACCCUCCCUUUCCCCUGGACCCCCAAAUUGAGUGGGGGGUUUCUGUUGUUCCCGGUUCACUCUCCCUCCUUCCCCCCAAACCGAGCAGUUGUCCCGGUUCCUGCUCACCCUCAGCUGCCCCAGGGACCCCUCCUCACCCCGGGUAGGGGGUCUGUGCCCCCCGGGGCAGAGCCGGGGGUGCCCCGUGCCCAGCGGGUCUGGGAGCACAGCCCAGGGACAGCCGGGGACACUGAGCUGCCACCGCUGUCCCCAGCUGUCCCAUCCCCCGACCCGCCGGGACCCCCCCGACCCGCCAGGACCCCCCCUCACCCCGGUUUGGAACCAAAUAAAGCUCCAGAACCGAGCCGGGCCCCGAGUGCUGGGGGUGGGGGGGACACACGACACACGGGCAGGGGGAGGGGACAGCGGGGACAGAGCCCCCCGAGCCCGGGGGUGACAAAGGGGACCCGCCCCGCUCCCUCCCUGCGCCUCUUGCGGUGCCUGGGGAAACUGAGGCACGUGGGGACACAGGGCAGGAAAAGGGACACGGGGCCAGGAAAAGGGACACGGGGCCAGGAAAAGGGACACGGGGACACCCCCAGCACCCCCAAAGGCAGCGGGCCCGGCGGGUAUUGCCAGAAACAGUUUAUUUAUACAAGGACGAACAUCGGUGACAUCUUACAAAAUACCGAACCGAGACCCAGAGCGAGCGUGAGCGGGGACGGACGGGGGACACGGGGGACACACGGGGGGGGGACACCAGCCCAAAGCAAGCCGGGGGGGGGCUGGGGGCAGAGACCCUCCUCCCCUCCCCAAAUCCCUCUCCUGGGAUGGGGAGGGGGAUCCCAUUCCCCAGCCUUGGGGACACGCACGGUCCCCCCUCCUCACCCAGGAGAGGUGACAAGGACAACCUCAUCCCUCUGUCCUAAUUUGGGACCACCCCAAAUUCCCCCCCCCCGGAAUAAUUUAACCCACGAUGUGCUGUCCCUGUCCCCCCCCCCUCCUCCCCCCCCAAUUAAAAAAAUACUAUUAAAUAAUCCAUCUGUAAUAAAAUUAUAUCCAUUUUUCUGGGGGGGGGUUGGGUGGUUUUCUCUCUUUUAAAGCUAAAAUCGCUCUGAGGCCCCUCCGGCUGGUGACAAAACAGGAAAAUAAAGUGGUUUUUCCUCUAUUUUUUUUCUUCUUUUCUUCUUUUUCCCUCUCCUAUAAGGAUAAAUUUGAUCCCAACAAAGGCGCCGGGGUGACAAAGUGACAGGGGGGUGGGGGACAGGGCUCGUCCCUUUGUCUCACGUCCCCGUCCAAAACGGGGAGGCCGAAGGG